CACAGAGAAAUGACGCGCUACUCCUCGCAAACACUGCGCUUCCCGAGAGAGAGACAAUGACCUGACGGCUGAUGGAACUAAUUCCAACUUUCCCUAAUUUCAAGUUCCUGGAUGUCAGCAUCUCUGAAGGUUUGUCCUGAGCCCAAUAUAUUGAUGCAAUUACAAAGAAGGCACGACUGUGGCUGGAUCUCAUUGGGAGUUUGAGGAGAUUUGGAAUGUCAACAACGACACUGGAAAAUUUCUACAGAUGCACCGUUGAGAGCAUUCUAACUGGUCGCAUCGCCAUCUGGCACGGAGGGGUGACUGCAAGGGAUCGGGAAAAGUGCUUCAGUUAUAUUCAAACAAUUUUCUGAAGGAGUUUACAAAGAGAUGCUGGAUCUUCUAAAACUUCGUUCAGGACAGUUAAUGCUACUCGAUAUUGUGGAUUGGGGCUGUGGACAAUUCUGAUUUGAUGGAGACAGACGUGAAAACACGGAGGAACAUCUGGAGAAAUUUCUGAAACGCCCGGUUCGCUGCCACUGCUACUGUGUGAUCGAGAAUCUCUGGAGGGAAGGCCCCAAAAUCCCCGGCUUUGCCUGCUGCUGGUGACCGAGACUGAGGUCAAAGCGCUCGGAUAGAGAUGGUGCUCAGUACACGGUGUCGGAGGGCUGGUCGGAGGCUCGAAGUUUUCGGAUGACUCAGAGUCGGACUGUGGUCGGGCAUGGCAGGGAGAGUUUUCUUCCUUCUCCCGUCUGCGUGAGAUGUGGAACAUUCGAGAGACUUCGAACUUUUUUACUGUGCCAUGGCCUGUUCUUCAUCAAGUUAUGGUACUGUUGCACUGUUGUAACUAUAUGUUAUAAUUAUGUGGUUUUUGUUAGUUUUUCAGUCUUGGUCUGUCCUGUGUUUCUGUGAUAUCACAACGGAGGAAUAUUAUAUCAUUUCUUAAUGCAUGCAUUACUAAAUGACAAUAAAAGAGGACUGUGUGUCAUCAUAAUCUAAUAAUCUAAUCUAUAUUAACCCUGUCAUUCCUGUGAACCUCCUCUGGACCCUCUCCAAUUCCAACACCUCCUUUCGUAGAUACUGACCACCUGGGAUAUGUCAGCAAUGCAGUUCAGAGAAAGAGAGAAAAUAAAGAAUAAGAUCUACAUCAAAGUGCUCAGGAGGUCUGGCAGCAUCUGUGGAGGAAGCACCUGCCACAAGUAUCAGCUACCUCAACGGACGCAGCUGCCCAGGGGAGGAGAACGCCGGAGGUGCUGUGGGUGCGUUGGAUUCCUUGCUGGGUUGGGGACUGACCCCAUCCAUCGGUGCUGCUCACUCAGUGUUUGCACCAUCAAUCUUCUGCCAUGACACUCAGGGACCUGCACUGUGUACGUGAUCGCUAUAGUAACUAGGUGUACUAUGCGUGCUGUGUGUGCUGUGUGCUGCGCAUUGGCUCUGGAGGAACACUCUUUCGUUUGGCUGUGUUCAUGUGUAAUGUUGAAUGGCAAUCAAACUUGAACUUGGACAAUGACCUGGAGAGCGAUGCUGGCUGGAGUCUGGGCUUUGUGCUUUAGCUCUUGGUAGGGUUACCCAUGCCAAACAGGUCAAGGGGUAGAGGCCGGAUCAAGAGUGGAUCACUGGUCCUCCAGGUUCGGGGGUUCAGCUCAGGGCUAAUAACCCUGACUGGUAACAGCAAUGAAGAAUCCUUCAUCUGAGUGUGACGGUAUUCCUGAGUCUCCACCCGGGACUUGCAUGGCUGACAGUAGUGAAAACCCAGAGGAAGCUCCUGAGAUGAUGAUGGAAGCCCCGAACUGCUAGAGAUGGAGGACCUAAGGCAGGGACGGCCAGCCUACGACGCAUGCACCAAAACUGGCACAUUGGAUGAUUAGAACUGGCGCAUUGCACCCCAGUGAUGAUAAUAAAAAAGUAAGCCUACUCAUGCAAAAAGUAUUAACCAAAAACCGAUUUGUAGAAAAAAAAUCUAUAACAGGAAUCCAAGUAGUUUAGAGCUAGAAAUGGGUUUUACUGAGAAUAAAUCUAAAACUUAGCAAUUAUUUUUAGCGAUUUAUUAUUUCGUGCACAUCUUUUGGCGAAUGUUAUCUUCUUUCACAUUAAAGCAACACACAUCAAAGUUGCUGGUGAACGCUUUAAUUUCCAGCAUCUGCAGAAUUCCUGUUGUUUGCGUUUCUUUCACAUUAAUCUGUUUUCAAUUUUUUAAAAAAUGUUCAAUGAGUCAAACCAGGAAAGAAAGACUUUUGUUCUGCAGUCGUUCCAUAACUGUUCAAUAGACGUUUGAUACUUGUUUGAUCCUGAGGCGCCGGGCGUCUGCACCAGGUUUUUGCCAGUCAGUUUACAAUUGACACUCGUGCGCUACGGAGUUGUGCUUUGUUCGUCCUUUGUGAACACUUGCAGUUUUGUACUUUUUCGAAAAUUGUUUUUACAUUAGUUACCCAUCACAGUGCAAAAGGAAAGCAGAAAGUGGUAGUAAGCGUGAAUUCAAUGAACAGUGGGAAAAUGAGUUCUUACUUAUAGCGGGUCCGUCAGGAAAACCGUUGUGCAUUGUUUGUGAAAACACUUUCUCAAAUAAUAGAAGACAUGAUCUUAAUGGACACUAUAAAACACAACAUCAGACUGAAAUAGAAAGAAAACUGAAGCUAGUGCUUGGGUCUGAGUUACGGAAAGAAUAUGUGAUUAAGAAAAAGGAAGAAAUCAAAAGAAGACAAAAUAUAUUUGUUAAAAGUCUCAUUAAGGUAGGUAAUGUUUAUCUUGUUUUUAUAUUAAAUCAAUAUAUCAUGUAAAAAUGCUAAAUAUGUCUAUAUCAACAUAUUUUUACAAGAAUUGAAUGGGGGUACAAGAGUUGUAUGGCGCAUCCGAAAAAAUGGAAUGUCAAAGGUUGGCCACCCCUGUUCUAAGCCAUAGGCAGUGAUGUGGCUUUGUUGGUAAUUGCAUCUUCAGAAAGAGGUGACAUUGGAGUGCUGGGAAGGUGGGUGUGCUUUAAAAGGAGCGCGGAGCGGGGACUCGGGACAGUGUGAUCGCGGGACCGUCGCAGCAGGAGGAGGAACAAGGGGCUCAGGAGAGCGCUGACUGCUGGGAAGCAGCUGAGGAGCUGAGGUGAGUGUGCUUUAAAAGGAGCACGGAGGGCAACUGAAGGGUUAAACAGAGUGUUGAUUAGUUGAUUAGAGGGAGUGAGUACUUGAGAUAAUUGGCAGGGACAAAUAAAAGGAGGGGUAACUGAAGAGGAGUGGCCAGUGUGUGAGUGGCUCAGGGUAGGAGUGGAGCCUUGUGGCUUUGGCUCGAGAGGCUUCAGCGAGCAGAGGCUGAGGACGAGCCUGCUCCCAGUGAGGUAAGGCCGGGUAAGUUCCUUUAAUUAAUUAACUUAGGAGUAAGUAAUGGAGGCAGCAGUUAGGGCAGUUGAAUGCUCUGUAUGCAGUAUGUGGGAAGUCAGAGACAGCACAAUUGUCCCUGAUGACGACACCUGUAAAAGGUGCAUCCAGCUGCAGCUCCUGACAAACCGAGUUAGGGAACUGGAGCUGGAGAUAGAUGAACUUCGGAUCAUUCGGGAGGCAGAGGCAGAAAUAGACAGGGGUUUCAGGGAGAUAGUCACCCCUAAAAGUCGGGAGGCAGGAAGCUGUGUGACUGUCAGGAGAGGGAGGGGGAAUAGACAGAAAGAGCAGAGCACCCCUGUGGCCGUUCCCAUCAACAAUAAGUAUACCGUUUUGGAUACUGUUGGUGGGGACGAUCUACCAGGGACAAGUUGUAGUGGUCGCGUCUCUGGCACCGAGACCGGACCCUCAGCUCAGAAAGGAAAGAGGGAAAAGAGGAGAGCAGUUAUGAUAGGGGAUUUGAUAGUUAGGGGGCCAGAUCAGAGGUUCUGUGAGAGAGAUCGAGUAUCCUGGAUGGUCUGUUGCCUUGGGCCUGACAUGAUAUUUCCUCGGACCUUGAGAGAGACUAGUGUAGAAAUUGCAGGGGCCCUGGCAGAAAUAUUUAAAAUGUCCUUAGCUGCGGGUGCAGUGCCGGAGGAUUGGAGGGUAGCUCAUGUUGUUCUGUUUAAAAAAGGCUCCAAAAGUAAACCAGGUAAUUACAGGCCGGUGUGCCUUACAUCAGUAGUAGGUAAACUAUUGGAAGGUGUUCUGAGAGAUCAGAUAUACAAGUAUUUGGACAGCCAAGGGCUGAUUAAGGAUAGUCAGCAUGGCUUUGUGCGUGGUAGAUCGUGUUUAACGAAUCUUGUGGAGUUUUUUGAGGAGGUUCCCAAGAAAGUAGAUGAGGGAAAGGCUGUGGAUGUUGUCUACAUGGACGUUAGUAAGGCCUUUGACAAGGUCCCACAAGGAAGGUUAGUUCAGAAGGUUCAGACACUUGGUAUCCAUGGAGACGUUGUAAACGGGAUUCGAAAUUGGCUGUGUGGGAGAAGAAAGAGAGUGGUAAUGGAUGAUUGCUUCUCAGACUGGAGACCUGUGACUAGUGGUGUGCUUCGGAGACUGUGCUGGGACCAUUGUUGUUUGUUGUCUAUAUCAAUGAUCUAGAUGAUAGUGUGGUAAAUUAGAUCAGCAAGUUUGCUGAUGACGCUAAGAUUGGAGGCGUUGUGAACAGCGAGGAAGGCUUUCAAAGCUUGCAGAGGGAUCUGGACCAAAUGGAAAAAUGGGCCAGAAAAUGGCAGAUGAAAUUUAAUGCAGACAAGUGUGAGGUGUUGCAUUUUGGAAAGACAAAUGAAGGUAGGACACACACAGUAAAUGGUAGGGCACUGAGGAGUGUGGGGAACAAAGAGAUCUGGGAGUUCAGAUGCAUAAUUCCCUGAAAGUGGCGUCACAGGUAGACAGGGUUGUAAAGAAGGCUUUUGGCAUCCUGGCAUUCAUAAAUCAAAGUAUUGAGUAUAGGAGUUGGGAUGUUAUGGUGAGGUUGUAUAUGACAUUGGUGAGGCCAAAUUUGGAGUAUCGUGUACAGUUCUGGUCACCUAACUAUAGGAAGAAUAUCAGUAAGAUUGAAAGAGUGCAGAGGAGAUUUACUAGGAUGUUGCUAGGUCUUCAGGAGUUGAGUUACAGGGAAAGAUUGAACAGGUUAGGACUUUAUUCCUUGGAGCAUAGAAGAAUGAAGGGAGAUUUGAUAGAGGUUUACAAAAUUAUGAGGGGCAUUGAGAGAAUAAAUGCGAGUAUGCUCUUUCCACUUAGAUUAGGAGAGAAAAAUACGAGAGGGUAUGGCUUUAGGGUGAAAGGGGAAGAGUUUAGGGGGAACUUCUUCACUGAGAGAGUGGUGGGAGUGUGGAACGAGCGGCCAUCUGACGUGGUAAAUGUGGGCUCACUCUUAAGUUUUGAGAAUAAAUUGGAUAGGUACAUGGAUGGGAGCGGUCUGGAGGGUUAUGGACUGGAUGCAGGUCAAUGGGACUAGCCGGAAUAAAGUUUCAGCACAGACUAGAAGGGCCAAAUGGCCUGUUUUCUGUGCUGUAGUGUUCUAUGGUUCUAGGGUCUGAGAAUAUUAAAUCUUUGUGGGUGGAGUUAAGAAACUGCAAGGGUAAAAAAACCAUUAUCGGUAUUGUAUAUAGGCCUCCAAAUAGUAGCCAAGAUGUGGGGUUGAGAUUGCAAAGGGAGCUGGAAAAGGCCUGUAAUAAGAGUAAUGUCAUAAUUGUAAUGGGGGACUUCAAAAUGCAAGGGGAUUAGGGAAAAUCAGGUUGGUGUUGGAUCGCAAGAGAGGGAAUUUGUUGAAUGCCUAUGAGAUGGCUUUUUAGAGCAGCUUGUGCUUGAGUCUACUCGGGGAAAGGCUAUCUUAGAUUGAGUGUUGUGUAAUAACCCAGAUCUUAUCAGGGAGCUUAACAUAAAGGAACCCUUAGGAGGCAGUGAUCAUAAUAUGAUUCAAUUCAUACUGCGGUUUGAGAGGAAGGAACAUAAAUCACAUGUAUCAAUAUUGCAAUGGAAUAAUGGGAAUUGCAGAGGCAUGAGAGAGGAGCUUGCCUAGGUGGAUUGGAGGAGGAUACUGGCAGGGAUGACAGCAGAGCAGAGAUGGCUGAAGUUUCUGGAAAUAGUUCACAAGACGCAGGAGAGAUAUGUCCCAAGAGGAAGAAGUUCUCAAAUGGCAGGGGUCGGCAACCAUGCUGACAAAGGAAGUUAAGGACUGUGUAAAAGCCAAGGAAGGGGCGUAUAAGAUAGCAAAAGUCAAUGGGAAGUUGAAUGAUUGGGAAGCUUUUCAAAUACAAUAAAAGGCAAUGAAAAUAAGCUAUAAGAAGGGAAAAGAUGAAAUAUGAGGGCAGACUAGCCAAUAAUAUAAAGCAAGAUACCAAAAGUUUUUUCAGUUAUGUAAAGAGUAAAAGGGAGGUGAGAGUUUAUAUCAGACCACUGGAAAUUGAUGCUGGUGAGGUAGUAAUAGGGGCAAAGAAAUGACAGAUGAACUUAAUGGGUACAUUGCAUCUGUCUUCACUGUGGUAGACACGAGCAGUGUGCCUGAGGUCUGAGUGUCUGGGAGCAGGAGUGAGUGUCAUUGCUAUUACAAAGGAAAAAGUGCUAGGCAAACUCAAAGGUCUUAAGGUGGAUAAGUCACCUGGACCAGAUGGACUACAUCCCAGAGUCCUGAAAGAGGUUGCUGAAGAGAUAAUGGAUGUAUUGGUCAUGAUCUUUCAAGACUCACUUGAUUCUGGCAUGGGCCCGGAGGACUGGAAGAUUGCAAAUGUCACUCCACUCUUUCAGAAGGGAGGAAGGCAAAAGAAAGGAAAUUAUAGACAGUUAGCCAAACCUCAGUGGUUGGGAAGGUGUUGGAAUCUAUUAUUAAGGAUGGGGUUUCAAGGUGCUCGGAGACUAAUGAUAAAAUACGUCAGAGUCAACAUGGUUUCUAUCAAGGGAAAUCUUGCCUGACAAAUCUGUUAGAGUUCUUCAAGGAAGUUACAAGCAGGGUGACAAAGGAGACCGAACUAAGGACUUAGACUUGUUUGGGCCUGAAGAGAGACGAGUAUAUCUGUCUGGUAUUUCCCACUUGUCGGGAGCCCCGCCUUCCUUUUCGGCAAAGUUCCAAAGGCUGUAGCCACCCGAAACACCAAGUCCAGCAGCCCCUCUGGCACUAAAAGUAAUAGACGCAAAACUAUGGGCUCCACACAAGACGCAUAUGGGCAGGGUGCUCACUGCAAGAGACCAUUGUAUCACACUGAAGAAGAAUGCAGUCUUACCAUGUAUCAGUCAAUACCGACCGGCCCCUGAGGCAGAAGAGGACAUUGCCCCUGUGAUAGGUUCACUGCUCCAACAAGGGGCUGUGAAACCUACUGUUAGCCCCUGUAACACACCCAUACUGCCCAUACCUAAAGUCGGACGACCCAAUGAGUGGCGUUUUGUGCAAGACUUAGAGCCGUCAAUAAUAUUGUGAUUCCAGUAGUACCUGAUGUCAAUAUGAUUCUCUCGUCCAUUCCCGCCAAUGCUAAAGUAUAUACAGUGGUUGACCUGUGUUCCACCUUUUUCUCCAUCCAGACGGUCAAUAUCUGUUUGCCUUUACUUAUAAAGGACAGCAAUAUACUGGGACUCGAUUCCCCCAGGGGUACACCGAAAGUCCAGCCAUGUAUGCAGCAGCGGUUAAGCAUGAUUUGGACAAGUGUCAACUAGGAAGAGAAUCCACUUUGCUACAAUGUGCUGAUGAUCUCUUGGCAGCAUCUUCUACUCUAUCAGUCUGCUUAGAAGACUCGAUAACUUUGCUCCAGUUUCCAGCCGCUCGCGGACAUUGCGUGUCAAGAUCGAAGCUACAAUUCUGCCAGUCAUGGGUGCAAUACCUUGGUGUCCGCUUGAAGGCUGGAGUUCGGGAGAUCGGGCCGGACCGUAUACAGGCCAUCUUGCGAAUGCCACCGCCUUAGACAAAGAAGGAAGUCCUUUCCUUCCUGGGAACGUUCGGCUACUGCCGUCAGUGGAUCCACGAUUACCGUCUACAUGAUGCCACCCUCCACGCCGCAGCUACCAGGAACGCACCCGGGCAAGUGGAAUAAACCCCCAAGUGAAACGAUACAUUUCAAGCUCUCAAAAUGGCGAUGAUGACUGCCCCAGCAUUGGGCCUCCCCAAUUACGCGCGCCCCUUUCAGUUACAUGUCUGUGAGAAGGGAGAGUUUGCUACCGGGUGCUUACACAGACCACGGAGGGGGAGGGAGACCUGUUGCCUACUAAUCCACGGCCCUCCCCGCGGUUGUGUUGGUUGCCUGCUUAUCUCCACACUGUCGCAGCAAAGGCCAUCGUGGUCGAGAAUUCCCUUCCUCUAGUUCUCGAUCAUCCCCGUGAAGUAUAGGCGCCUCACGCUGUUACGCUGCUUUUAAAUUCAGCCGCAACACAACAUUUCCCUGCCUCUCGACAUACAGGAUACGAGGUAAUCCUGUUAUCGCACCCCAACUAUACUUACCACCGAUCACCUGUUGUAAACCCCGUCACUACUGCGCGGAGACUGACAUGAGUGCCUUGCAGUAGUACAACAUUCCACUUCCCCACGAGUGGAUUUACCAACAGACCCUCUUCCGAAUCCGGGAUUUGAUCCUCUUCACGGACGGGUCAUCACACAGGCCAAGAGACGACUCACUCUCAGCAGGUUAUGCCAUAGAUCUAUAUCAGACAGUGGAAGCCUGUGCACUAUCCCCAGGAACUUGAGCUUUUUGCACUCACCCGAGCUUGUAUAUUGGCCGGGAAUCAGGUGGCCAAUAUAUAUACGGACUCUCGUUACGCCUUUGGGGUGGUGCAUGAUUUUGUCCAAAUAUGGAAAAAUAGGGGUUUCGUUACCUCAGCGGGAAAGUCCAUAAAACAUUCACGACUAGUAUUGAAUCUUCUCGAAGCUAUUCAACUGCCUGGGCAGCUGGGAAUGAUCAAAUGUCAGGCACACACCAAUGCUGCAGAUGAAAAUGCCAGCAUCGGGGUAUAAAUACAAGCUAGUGAUAGUUGACAUGUUCACUCGAUGGGUGGAGGCCCAUCCCACAUGAAAGGAUGAUGCUCGAACAGUGGUAAAAAUAUUCUGGAGGGAAAUAAUACCCCGGUACGGGAUACCCAUGGGAAUAAACAGUGAUAGGGAAACACACUUCACGGGUCGAAUCGUGACAGAUUUGGUGCAGGCCAUGGGGUUCCAAUAGAAAUUACAUACCCCUGAUCAGCAUCAGUCCUCAGAGAUAGUAGAGAGGACGAAUGGGGAAUUGAAAGUAGCCCUGUCUAAAGUAUGCCAGGGCAAUAUGCUAGCCUGGCCAGAGCCUCUCCCUAUAGCGUUAUAUUCUGUGUGGAACAGGGAAAAAUAGGGCCACUGGUCUGACCCCUCAUGAAAUCCUUAUGGGGUGCCCCAUGACUACUGGGAUUCGACCCCCUGUCACCACUGAGAGACUGGCCCCGAUCUGGAAUGAUGAACAGACCUUAGCGUAUGACCAAGCAUUGUGCAAAACGGCCGCCGAGCUGCAUGAGUGAGACAGGCGCAGGCCCCGUGGGAAGCGAGAAUAUGCAUCCUUUCCAACCCGGUGAUGGACUCUCUUUCUCCUAGGUGGAAGGGCCCUUACCCAGUGCUGCUAACCACCCAAACCGCAGUGAAGGUUGAAAGAAAAGGAGAAUGGAUUCACGCUACUAGGUGAAAACUGCACCAGGAGUGGGAAGAAAAGAAAGCAUGAAGCUGACAAGCCGGAUGCUUUUAUGGGCACUGAUAUUCGGGGGAGUUAGUGUGGCCUCGUCCAAACAUACCUUUUUGUUUUGUGUCGCACUUAUGCCAAGCACCAAAGUGAAGAGUUGAACUCUUGUUGGGUGUGUGUAAAGAUACCUCAGCAUGCCGCCCAGGUAAUGUCCCUGGAGGGGGUCCCCCAGAAUGGAUGGAAAUGCUGUCCAUGUACUUUAUGAACCAAAACAACAAAUUCUCAAACAACCUUAGACCAAGAGAUCGGCAGAAGCUGAUAAAGGACUGUAAUGUCAGCAAAGGGGAUUGUGGAUGUACCUGUUUCAAAGGAUGGUACCUCCGUACCCCGACAGAGGGAAAAAGGAUGCCCUCCUUUGAGUUAGUAAAUGCACAGAAAACUGUAAAUGGAAUUUGUUAUUGUAAUGCGGUGGGGGGAAAUGGAACAUUUUUGACUAAUACUUCUUGUACUGGACAGAGCAGCACACAUAAAAGUUGC